GUAAGCGCGGCACCACACAAUUAAUAUUUACAAUUAUUACAAUAUACAUGUGGAUUCUGGUUAAUUUGAUUAUUCAGAUCCCUUGCAAUAAAUUGGAUUUGAAUCGUAGGUGGUAAGAAUAUAUAACAACAAAGAAAUUUCUUGUCCGCGGUUGGUAUCAUGCUUAAAUGAAAUCUAUUCUGUGCUUCAACGCCUGAGGCUUCGACUAUCGUAAUCACUUAUCAGACACCAGUAAUCAGUGAAAUCGACUACGUUUCAGUCGCCCGACGAUUAUUGUUUAGUGUUUUCACGUUUGCCGUUGUGUUUCCGUCAGUGUUUUUCAACUCUCGGACAAUUUUUGUAAACUGGACUACGGAGUUAUGAAAAUAAUGAAAAGCCAUCCUUCGACGGUCUACACGCAUCUUAGAAACUUAAAGUCGAAUUGUGUCAUAGCCAAAGCGUAUUCUUAACCAGGAUCAGUUAUCCAGCUACGGCGUUCAAUAACUAGCACCUACGUCUUCUAGUCAAUCAAUUCCUAUCAUCAACAUGAGUUCAACGGAUCGUUCAAUAUCAUCUGGGUUCCCAAUUCCUCAGUGGAUGAAAUCUAAAAUAAACGAUCGGUAUGACUUAGACCAACCAUCAUUUAAUCCACAAGAAACAGAUGACAGCUUCUUUUUAGUUCGUUAUUUAAAACCAGACACAGUAAAUCAAAAACACAGUGAUAGCACUAAAAAUAAACCAGCUGAAGAAAAAUUAGCAGAAAAAACAGUUCAAAAUUUUAAAAAAAUGCCUCCAGCAUUGAUUGUUACUGAAACACCAGAAUAUAAGGGCCAUACAAUUGCUUGUCAACGCUUCAUUACAAAUACUUGUGCUGAUGCAGUGGCUGCAGCAAGUUUGGGUGAAAAUAUAAUUGAUCCUCCAAAAUCAUUAGGGAUUGAUGAUGGUUUUAAAAGUGGAGCUUCUGAAUGUGGUAAAUCUAUUGUGGCAAUGGCACAUCAAAUGGUGUCUGGGCGGAGAGCGUAUCAAGGUCGUUCGUCGGGUCCUCAAGAUAUGCUUGUUGUAGGACCAUCUCCAUCAAUGUUGUCUAAGCGACGUAACAGCAAAUCGCUCCCUGCAAGUCCUAUAAGUUCACCUCCUGGAUCACCGCGGUCAAUCCGUAAAAAUCCAUAUUUCACAGCACCAUUUCAAGAAGAAUCUGGAGAUAAACAUGGCUCAUCGUGGAUAUUAUCAAACUUAUUUUCACACAGAGCUGAUUCACAAGAAGAAUUAUCUGAUAAAGAAUAUAAGAAAUUCCCUAAACCAUUGUCUUCUAGUAAUUUAUCCAUAAAACCCAAACCUUCAGAGCUAAGAGAGAUGAAUUUCUGGACACCUACAUCAAUGUAAACAUUUAGGCUCAACAAAAAAAAAUGAUUCGAUUUAUGAAGAUUUUCUGCACUUUUGGUUAUAUUAUUAA